ACGGCUAGGGGACCAAGGCGUGACAGGUGGGGCUGGACAAGGCUGGAUUAAGCAUUAAUGCAGCUGCUGUCACCACUGCCCAGAGGACCAAGUUCACAGAGCCAAGCUGCAGAGCUACUUAGUGUACUCAGGCUGCAGAAGUGGUGACUAGCAGACAUGGCUCAGUUUGUCCAGGUCCUGGCUGAAAUAGGUGACUUUGGUCGCUUCCAGAUAUGGCUAUGGAUCCUGCUGUGUAUUCCCAACUUCCUGUGUCCCUUCUACUUUUUUGCCCAUGUCUUUAUGGUCUUGGAUGAGCCCCACCACUGUGCAGUGGCCUGGGUGAAGAACCACACUUUCAACCUGAGUGCUGCUGAGCAGCUGGCACUGAGCGUGCCCCUGGACGAUGCAGGCCGCCCGGAUCCCUGUCUCAUGUUCCGGCCACCCCCCGCCAAUGCCAGCCUGCAGGACAUCCUCAGCCACCGCUUCAAUGAGACGCAGCCUUGUGAUCUGGGCUGGGAAUAUCCUGAGGACAGGCUCCCCUCCCUAAAGAAUGAGUUCGACCUGGUUUGUGGUCGGAAGCACCUGAAGGACACCUCGCAGUCAGUGUUCAUGGCCGGGCUCCUUGCUGGCAGCCUCAUGUUUGGGCCCCUCUGUGACCGGAUCGGCCGCAAGGCCACCAUCCUGGUGCAGCUGCUGCUCUUCUCUGCCGUCGGACUGGCCACCGCCUUUGUGCCCAGCUUUGAGCUCUACAUAGCCCUGCGCUUUGCUGUGGCUACCGCUGUCGCCGGGUUCAGCUUCAGCAGUGUCACCCUGCUGACAGAGUGGGUGGGGCCCUCGUGGAAGACGAAGGCCGUGGUCCUGUCCCAGUGCAGCUUCUCCCUUGGGCAGAUAGCUCUCGCUGGACUCGCCUACUGUUUCCGCAGCUGGAGACUCUUCCAGAUGGCCGGCACCGCGCCUGGCUUACUGCUCUUCUUCUACUUCUGGGUUCUGCCAGAGUCUGCACGGUGGCUCCUGACCCAGGGGAGGAUGGAUGAGGCGAAACAGCUGAUCCAGAAGGCAGCCUCGGUCAACAGGCGGGAACUCUCCCCAGAGCUCCUGAGCCAGCUGGUCCCAGAGAGGACAGGCCCCUCAGGAAAUGCCCUGGAUCUGUUCAGACACCCCCAGCUCCGGAAGAUGACCCUGAUUCUCUUCUGUGUCUGGUUUGCGGACAGUGUGGGGUACUUCGGGCUGAGCCUCCAAGUAGGGGACUUCGGCCUAGACAUCUACCUGACGCAGCUCAUCUUUGGAGCUGUUGAGGUGCCUGCUCGCUCUUCCAGCAUCUUCAUGAUGGAAAGGUUUGGCCGCAAGUGGAGCCAGCUGGGGAACUUGGUCUUGGGUGGCCUUAUGUGUAUCAUCAUCAUCUUCAUCCCAGCAGAUCUGCCCGUGGUGGUCACCAUGCUGGCUGUGGUGGGGAAGAUGGCCACAUCGGCCGCCUUUACCAUCUCCUACGUGUACUCUGCCGAGCUCUUCCCCACUGUCCUCCGGCAGACAGGCAUGGGGCUGGUAGGCACCUUCUCCCGGCUUGGGGGCAUCAUCACACCACUAGUGAUCCUGCUGGGAGAGUGCUACGCUGCCCUCCCCAUGCUCAUCUACGGCAGCCUCCCCAUCGUGGCCGGCCUGCUCUGCGCCCUGCUGCCAGAGACGCGUGGCCAGGACCUGAAAGACACCAUCCAGGACCUGGAGCCAGAGCCCCGCCCACGGUCCCCUAGAUCAGCGCCCUCAGAGAAGGAAAUGGAAGCCACAGGAAGAACUUCCAGCCCGGGAGUGGCCUUUGUGAGCAGCACGUACUUCUGAUUGAGGUCUCUAAGAGCUGGACCAUCAGCAGCAGGGAGCUACCUAAACACCCCCUUGGAUAUGGCCAGGACCCAUGGGGACACAGUGCAAGACCAGCCUUGCUAUGGAGGCAGUAUACCACAACCCGGCCCAUGACUGUCACCUGCCACUGAGCCCAGUCCCAGAAGUACCUGGGACAGGACCUCCUGGCCUCCUUCCCCUUUCUCCUCUCCAGAGCCCUGCCCCCGAUACCUUGUCUGGGAAGGAUCUUGGGUUUUACUUGUCCUCCAACAGUCUUCACGGGGUAUGGCUGUCUUGAUCUCCUCAAUCUGGUGUCCCCUGCCCUCAAAACACAGUAAAGCUCAGAACAGAACACAAGAUAAGGCCUUUUCAAGUUGUGGGAACAGGAGGGGAGAGAAAACAAAUGUGAAGCUGUGGACUGUACCCAGGCAGGUGGAUGAAAAGGCUGUGGAUGGAGGGAAGGUUGUGGCUCCUUCUGCAGAUGGACCAGAUCCUUCUGGCUAAGGUAUGGCCCCAUAGGUCGCUGGCUCCUGGAGAGAGAAGAUUCAGUUCAGCCGAAAUUGAAACUUCCACCUUGCCCAACGCCCGCCCUACAGUCAGCUCAUGCCUAACCUAUGAGUGGCUCGGGACCAGGGUGGGGAGGGAGAGGAGGUUUGUUCUUCUCCCCUUCUCCCUUGCCUCCUUCUGCUCGUGCUCAGCUGCUUCUGGGCCUUCCAGGGUCCACACAGGGUAAGGGAAAGGCCAGAGGUCCUUUCACCCAGCUGCUGCCGGCCACAGCUCUUUGGGGCACACAUUGGCUAAUGCCAG